GAAUAGAAGCCUGAUGAUUGAAAUUUUAUAACACACAGUUUUCGGUCAGUCUCCCCAGAAAAAAAUGGUGAAAAAUAAGAACACCCACAGUGACGAAGAAGAUGAAACUUUCUACUACCGCUACGCAUCCAGCGCCGCCACCUCAUCAUCUUCAGAACCCACUUCCAAUGGACCCCACAAGAAAUCCAAGGGCUCAAACAGCUUAGCUCCUUCGAAAUCAACGGUCUACGUUUCGAACCUCGACUACUCCCUCACCAACUCCGACCUCCACACUCUCUUCUCCACUUUCGGCAAGAUCGCUCGGGUCACCGUCCUCAAAGACCGCGCCACGCGCAAGUCACGUGGCGUCGCCUUCAUCCAGUUCGUCUCCAUCCCCGACGCGCAGACGGCCGCGCGUGCAAUGCACGGGAAGAUCCUCAACGGCCGCACAGUUACGGCAAGCAUCGCUACGGAUAACGGGCGCGCGGCGUCGUUCAUAAAAAAGAGGGUUUAUAAAGACAAGUCGAGGUGCUAUGAGUGCGGGGUGGAGGGGCAUUUGAGUUACGAGUGCCCGAAGAAUCAGCUGGGGCCCAGAGAGCGGCCGGAGCCUAAGAAAGCGCGGCGGAGAUAUGACGGCGACGACAAUGAGAAUGAGAGUGCACUGGAUUUUGAUGAUGGGAAUUGGGCUUCAGUUGUGGACGAUGGAGCCCAAGAGAGGUUGAUUAUGGGAGAGGAAGAGAUUGAAGAGAAGAAGAAAGUAAAGAAAGUCAGUUACUUUAGUGAUGAGAGCGGUGAAGAUGAUUAAUUUGAGUGAUUUGGAAAUUUUGCCCAGGAAGUCUUCUUGCUUCGAUAUCACUUGUUCCUUGAUUUUCAUUUUUCUUAGCAAUUUUGCAUGGAAUGAUUAGUCUUUUUCUUUUCAUUGUUGUAACACUGCUGACUUUUUUAUGUUGUAUUGUAUUCUGGGUGGCAGAUUGUAUUCUGGCUUUUCUAAGGUCUGAAGUGGUUAUAGCCUCAAUAUGAAUAGAUUCUUGUACUUUGUUU